CAAACCCGGCACAGCGAGGAUGCUCACUUCCACCACGUCUUGGGGACACGACUGAUCUCCAGCUGAUACGCAUUGCGUGCAGCUUCUGAAGCCUUAUCAAUGAAUCAGCCCGCGCGUCCGAGGACGAAGGGCCUAAAAAAGGGUGCAGCUGGGCGGGCACAAGGCUCUUAAAAGUUCCGCUGCAUGCCUUGACUUAAUGUAAGCACAUGAUAUUUUAACCUUUCAGGUGGAGAAGGCAGAGGGCUCCACCCAUCCGACACCCAUCUCGGCCGACUCGCUGUGCCGCAUUUGCGCGCGCUUAUUACACCAUGCGGAUUUGGAGCUGUUGUACUUUGUAGAUCAUAGUAGGUAUCGUAGCUCGCCAGGCCCACAGCCCCCAGCAAAAUGUCCGCUGCUAUCGGGCAGCUCCUUGGCAAGGGCUUUGAGAAGUUCUUCUACGACUACAGCCUCUAUGAUAGCUACUUCAAGCAGUACAUCAAGAGCCGGGGGCAAUAUGUCGCUCUGCGGCACGUUGCCUUCGUGAUGGUCGGCAUCAACCUGCUCAUCGACGUGAACUUCCCGUUCAACCCUCCCUUUCCCACCAUCGGUGAGCUGUGGAGCAUUGGGAUGUGCCCCUCGGGCUGGAAGGGCACCUGGGUGUGCGAGACCGACAAGCACAAGGCGCUGGAGAUGUACAAGGAGUGGAAGUCCGGCAAGAAGUCGGUGGAGGCGCACCAUUAAGCGCCGCCAGCGCAACCUGGCUUUGCAGGGGCAGGAGGAGGAGGCCAACAAGCAGCGGCGCGACACGCGCACAUGCCAUACCUCAUGGAGAUUGGCGGUGGCGCUGCGUCUGCUGCGUCGCUGCGGUAGUACUUGCGUGCGUGCGGGGCGUGUUGUCCACUGGGUUUCGCCGGCAUGUGUGCAGAGGGCAGGUAGUGCGUGUACAUGUGUGCUGCACCCGGUGGCACCAUCACUGAUGGGAGGCGCUCGCGUACCGUAAGCGGGCAGUGUGGGCCUGAGCUUGGCAACAUGAGCUGGUGUGUGUCUGUACAAGUAGGGAGAAGGUCUUUGAUUAGCUGGGACUGGGCCGUUAGGAGUGCCCAGUAGUCAGAAAGGGAUUGGUUAGGGCUGGCGAGAAGGAGGACAGGUAGGCUUUGUGCGUGUAAGCUUGAUACCCUGCAGUAAGACGCCAAGGCUUCAUGUGCCGCGCACUUAUCGUAGCAGCUGUCCGUCUCGCAGUUGGAGCGAGCAGCAGUGAGCGGGACUACCGUAAUGUGCAAGGUAUA